AUCACAAUCUCAAUGUCAACAAAAAUCGCAGAUUACCGUUUACGUCAUCGUGAGUCUGCAUGUUUUGUUGUAGGUACACAUUUUCCGCAAAACAUUCAUGGGAAUGAGCUUACUGAGCUGUGUGUAAUAUGCUCGGUGAAAGUAUACUGAAGACCAUAGGCUGGAAAACAACAGUAAUCGAGGACGUUGAGUGAAAAUACAAGUCGGCCUUCAGACGUUAAUGCACAUUCGUUCUCGGCGUUACUAUGUCAUCCGUUGUUGCAUUUUCGGCCUUGAUGGAAAAAAGAAAGUGAUGUAGAGUUUGUGGAAGGUAUUUGCUGCUGUUUAGUGUUGAAUUGAACUUCAGUGUAUGAACGAUAUUGCUGGUGCCCAAGAACAUCUUAUUGUGCAACAGAUCACAACAUUGCUUUAGUUUACUACAAUUCCAUUGAAGAAUUGUAUCUCCACAUUUGUCUAAACUUUGGUCUAUAAUCAGAGAUUUUGGUGUUGUAUUGGUUGGGCUUAUCACUUACUUGCCACAUCAGUGAUAAACGUUAUUGUGGUAUGUGUAAACAUGUGGAAAUAGGGUCCACCAGCUGAUGACAAACUGUGAUUUCAAAGGGUAGUUUCUAAUGGAUACCAAACAGAUUAUUAUUAAUUUCAUUGACAUUCUUCUGAGGGUUCCAUCCCUGUUUAUUCUAGAUGAAGUAUUCCAAUCUAGUUUAGCUGAUCUUGGAUUGUAUCCAUGUUCGCUACUCCCAUUGCACAAAGAGGCAGAUUUCGAUGAUGUAGUGGGGGAUUCUAACCACACAUUAUCCAGGCCUCUCCAUUCAGUAGCAAAUUACGAUAUAGGAGUGUUUGGUAAUCUAAGCCAAAGUCUCAUUAAGGUCAUUGAGUUUGAUGGCUCUUCAUUGUCAUUGUUCAACAUCGACAUUGCUGUUUGCCAAGGGUUAUUGGGCUCCAUCCUACAGCUAGCCCUGUUACUUUCAGCAACAUGUGCCGCGUUGUUUACAUUGACAUUAUGGACGAAACAUCUUGUGAAAAUCUACGAAUUUCUUUUCUCCUUGUUGCUGGUGACUGCCAGCUAUCAUUUUAACCAGCAAGCCUCCAUCAGUUUAGCAACAGCUACUAUUGUACCUUUGAGAUCGUUAUGGAGGCUCGAAUUGGAAGUCGUUUUCCGAGCGAUACCUGGUCUAUUUUUUAUUAUUUUGAACAUCGCUACUCAGUCAGUAUUGGCGUCGGGCUAUCUUGUGGUCAACUUUGGUCCUUCUAUUCCUGUUCUGCAAGGAUUGCUGGCGUUAUGUUUCCUUGUACCUAGUUUGACUGUGAUGAUUCCUAUGGAGAGAAACACUUUCCCUCUAUGGUGUUUUAUGCUACUCUCACUCCACAUUGCACUUGUGGUUUGGAUCAACUUUUCUCUGGUCUAUAAAGAAGUAAAGGAGCGGAUUUCUUAUGUCGUUUCUUUUAUUCGAACGGAGGGAUUCAUGGCUUUCGCCGAAGCAGAAUGGCUUCGCUUAAACAUCCCACUUAUUUUCCGUACUUUUUGGAUGAUCCGCUUUGGAAUGCAUCUGUACAUAUACUUGGCUUCUACGGAGUUUGGUGACUGGGCUGAUGGCGAUAAUUUAAAAACAUUAUUUAAAGUCAUGCUUAUCCGCGGAUGCGAAACUUUACCCGCCAUCCUAGGGAUGUCGUCCAUUUUCUCGUGGUUCGCCGGAAAGUUUUACGUCAUGUGUCAGCUCUUUUUAAUGAUACCACACGAUGAGGUUUCUCACGUCGGUCCCGUUUCGGCAGUACUUUUCAUCAUUUUGGCCUUUCAAAAUGGAUUGAGCACAUUGCAACCAGCAGCUCGGCUCGUCCGUUUAGGACGCAAUAUUGUUCUCCUAUUGGCUUGCUUCCUCCAUUUUGUACAUAACGCUGUCGACCCCGUUUUGAUGUCUCUUGCGGCCAGUGCUAAUCCCGAUAUGACUCGUCACGCGCGAGCACUCGCUGUCAGCAGUAUUCUUACUAUCGUCGCCUUUUGCGGUCUAUACUUUCUCUGGACGACUCACUCAAUCAGCACUUGGUUAUUAGCUGUGAGUGGUUUCAGUCUAGAAGUCAUCUGCAAAGUUUUCGCUUCUCUUGCCCUCUAUGGACUUUUCCUGAUCGACGCAAAACUCAGUGAAUUCUGGGAUAAAUUAGAUGACCACGUCUACUGCGUCAGAUUUGCCGGUCGAGUAUUAGAGUUCCUCGUCGGUUUAUUUCUACUCUGCAAUUCUGCCUUCAUUUUGAUUUACGAAAAUGGUGGAGCCAUUCGUGCCGUACUGGUGGGUUUGCACGCUUAUUUCAAUUUGUGGUGUGAAGCACGAGUCGGUUGGAAGAUUUUCACCCGGCGUCGGACAGCCGUUCAUAAAAUCUCCACCCUCGAGACAGUUAACGAAUUGGACAAACUGGAUGACGUUUGCGCAAUUUGCUUUCAUGACCUAAAGCCAAGUGGCCCUAAUAAUGUGACGGUCAAAGUAGUUGUUACUCCGUGCCGACAUUACUUUCACGCCGUCUGCCUCCGCAAAUGGUUGUAUGUGCAAGAUCGUUGUCCCAUGUGCCACCAGACUCUUUGGUCGCAACUGAAUUCUUCUGUCGACGAAGCCGCCGGUCCACGCUACGAAGAUCAACUUCAGGAGCACUUACACUUGGAUUGAAGGUGCGACAGAACCACCUAAUGUGUAUGCAGUCUAUAAUUUGCCGAAUAGCUGAUUGAAUUGCGGAAAACUAGUUUAGAAUGAUCGUCAAGAACGCGUAUUAAAAACCCGUCUUUCAAAGUCCUCGUAUCAUCAAUAAAAACUGUCCGUGCACGAAAA